AUGACUGCAGUCGAAAAGAAAGUCGAUGACAAGGAAGAAAAGAUUGUUGCUCUGGACGACAGUGAUAUCCAGAUACUCAAAACCUACGGUCAAGGUCCAUACGCCCGCCAACUCAAGACGAUUGAGAAUGAUCUCAAAGAUAUCCAGAAACGCAUAAACGAGAAGCUCGGUGUGAAGGAGUCCGACACUGGGCUUGCUUCUCCAAAUCUAUGGGACCUUGCAGCAGACCGUCAAAGAAUGUCCGAAGAGCACCCGCUUCAAGUUGCACGAUGCACAAAAAUUAUUCCUGUGGAUCCAAAGUUGGCCGAAGCGGCCAAGGCUGUUAAUGCAUUGGGUGCGCUGCAAGGGCAGAAGGGUGCAGACGAGCAGGAUAAAUACGUGAUAAAUAUCAGGCAAAUUGCCAAGUUCGUGGUUGGCCUUGGUGAACGUGUGGCGCCGACAGAUAUUGAAGAGGGUAUGCGUGUAGGUGUCGAUCGAAACAAAUACCAAAUUCAGAUUCCUCUGCCUCCGAAGAUUGAUGCCUCUGUCACAAUGAUGCAAGUGGAAGAGAAACCAGAUGUUACAUACUCGGAUGUUGGAGGUUGCAAAGAACAGAUUGAGAAGUUGCGUGAGGUGGUAGAAACACCUCUCCUUUCUCCUGAACGGUUCGUAAACCUUGGUAUUGACCCUCCUAAAGGGGUCUUGUUAUUUGGACCUCCCGGAACAGGGAAGACUCUUUGUGCUCGCGCAGUAGCCAAUCGUACAGAUGCAACCUUCAUCCGUGUCAUUGGGUCCGAAUUGGUACAGAAGUACGUUGGAGAAGGGGCACGUAUGGUCCGUGAGCUUUUCGAGAUGGCAAGAAGUAAGAAAGCAUGUAUCAUCUUCUUUGACGAGAUUGAUGCUAUCGGUGGUGCACGUUUCGAUGAUGGUGCCGGUGGUGAUAAUGAGGUCCAGAGGACAAUGUUGGAACUUAUCAACCAGUUGGAUGGUUUCGAUCCCAGAGGAAACAUUAAAGUGUUGAUGGCUACUAAUCGUCCCGAUACGCUAGACCCCGCUUUACUGCGACCAGGGCGACUCGAUCGUCGUGUGGAAUUCUCACUACCUGAUAACGAAGGAAGAGCACAUAUCCUUCGUAUUCAUGCUCGAAGUAUGAACGUUGAACGAGAUAUUCGAUUUGAUCUUAUUGCCCGUCUAUGCCCCAACACGACUGGUGCAGAAUUACGGUCUGUUGCCACUGAGGCUGGCAUGUACGCUAUUCGUGCGAGACGGAAAGUCGCAUCGGAACGUGACUUCCUCGAUGCCGUGGAGAAGGUCGUUCGACAGGGCACCAAGUUCUCUAGCACCUUGUUCGUCAUGAAUACCACAUUUCGACUGUUCAAAAAGUCUUCUUUAUCGCACCAAUUUCAUCGUUAUUACAUUCGACGUGCCCCUGCGCCAAGUCCCAAAGAAGUCACGGAACUUUUGGCCAAAUAUGCAUCCUCUCCGCAUCGGCCAUUGAAUCUCUCGGCGUUAUUAUCAUUUGGACGUCCUCUUACACCCAGUUCGGUACUCGCAUCUGUGUCCUAUGCACUAGAGGAAAUACCCAGACGCCUUGCUACUAGGGUUCAAUCGCUGGAAGCGCUACCUUUUAUUGUUGGUACAAAUCCAUAUGUAGCAAGCAUAUUAUCUGCACACAAAGAGAGCUUUAUGUGGCUUGCAACUUAUCCUACUCCUCAUACCUUGGAAGAAAACUCUAAAUUUGCUGAAACUUUGGAAGAUCUGGUCGAGAAACAUGCAAAUGAUAUACCUACGAUCGCGAAAGGCUUUCAAGAAUGCUCCAAGUAUAUGACCAAUUCUCAAAUCAGUGAAUUUCUGGAUGGCGCUAUUCGGAACCGCAUAUCGGUACGGUUAAUUGCAGAACAGCAUAUAUCUCUAUCCAGGGCAAUACACGAUUCAAACCACCCUAAUGUUGGAGUUGUCAACACUCAAUGCUCACCGGCGGAUAUGGUUCGUAUGUGUGGAUCUUUUGUCAGCGAGCUUUGCGAAGCCACGCUAGGAGCGAGCCCUGUCAUUACAAUCGAGGGUGACCGAGAUGCUACCUUUGCUUAUGUGCCGGUUCACCUUGAGUAUGUCCUGACGGAGUUACUGAAGAAUGCGUUUCGUGCCACAGUUGAGCAUCAUUCCAAAAAGAACAGAGGACGAGGUUCAAUUCCAGCUAUUCUAACAACUCUAUCCGCUCCUCCCCGACUUCCGGGAUCAACCUCCAACUAUUUCUCAAUACGCAUUCGAGAUCAGGGUGGGGGAGUUGCUCCUGCCAAUAUCUCACAAAUAUUUUCUUACGCUUUCACGACGGCGGGUCGAGGGGCUAGUGGAGACGAUGGAAGUGGCGGAGGUCCAUAUGCUGCCCAGCAUGUUGGAGGAAGUGCUGCUAUUGGCGAUGGGGGAAUGGGAGAAGGUAAUCUUUUCGGUGAGAUUACAGGCAAGGGUUUGCAAACUGGUCUUGGUACCAUCGCUGGCUUGGGAUACGGCCUUCCUAUGAGUCGCCUAUAUGCAAAGUACUUUGGCGGCUCUCUGGACCUCAUGUCACUUGAAGGAUGGGGAUGCGAUAUAUAUUUAAAGUUACGUUGCUUAGACGAAGCUGGUGAUUCGAAGAUUUAG